AUGCAAACGGAUUGCAGAUGGCCUGAUCGUGGUAUACCGAAUCAUGAGAGUGCAAUGGUGCCACUGAAGUUGUUAUCGUAUGUGCGACAGACACGAGCGCCUUGUGUAGUGCACUGCUCGGCAGGGAUUGGCCGUACGGGAACUGUGAUUGCCAUCGAGAUGGGAAUACGACGAUUUCUCGAUGGACGAAAAGUCGACCUUGCUACAUUAAUCAAAGAUCUCAGGAAGAAGAGGGCACAGUGUAUUCAGACCGAGAUUCAGUACCUUUACGUUGGUCGUGUACUCGUCGAGUAUGCGCUAAGUUCAGGUGAACAACUCUCGAAUGAGGCGCGGAAAGCGGCCGAAAAUUUUUUGAAACAAUACGAUAGCAAAUGCAAAAAGUGA